UACCCAGUUCCGGGGGAAGUGUGUUACGGCGACACUUCGCCGACUACUUUCGUUUCGUCCUCUGUCGCUUUCCGCCUUGCAAUGGCGUCAGGGCUGGUAAGACUGCUCCAGCAGGGGCCUCGCUCCCUCCUGGCUCCAGCCGCCCCCAAGCUGGUCCCUCCGGUUCGGGGAGUGAAGAAGGGAUUCCGCGCCGCCUUCCGCUUCCAGAAGGAGUUAGAGCGGCGGCGCCUGCUGCGGUGCCCGCCGCCGCCCGUGCGCCGUUCAGAGAAGCCCAACUGGGAUUACCAUGCAGAAAUACAAGCUUUUGGACAUCGGUUACAUGAAAACUUUUCCUUAGAUCUUCUCAAAACUGCAUUUAUUAAUAGCUGCUAUAUUAGAAGUGAGGAGGCCAAACGCCAAAAGCUAGGAAUAGAGAAAGAAGCUGUUCUUCUGAAUCUUAAAAGUAAUCAAGAACUAUCUGAACAAGGGACAUCUUUUUCAAAGACUUGCCUCACACAAUUUCUUGAAGACGAGUUCCCAGACUUGCCCACAGAAGGCAUCAGAAGUCUUGUUGACUUUCUCACUGGUGAGGAAGUCGUGUGUCACGUGGCUAGAAACCUGGCUGUGGAGCAGUUAACACUGAGUGAGGAAUUCCCAGUGCCCCCGACUGUAUUACAGCAAACUUUCUUUGCAGUUAUUGGAGCCCUGCUACAGAGCAGUGGACCCGAGAGGACUGCACUUUUCAUCAGGGACUUCUUAAUUACUCAAAUGACUGGAAAAGAGCUCUUUGAGAUGUGGAAGAUAGUAAAUCCUAUGGGGCUAUUGGUAGAAGAACUGAAGAAAAGGAAUAUUUCACUUCCUGAAUCAAGACUUACUAGACAGUCUGGUGGCACCACAGCUUUGCCUUUGUAUUUUGUUGGCUUAUACUGUGAUAAAAAGUUGCUUGCAGAAGGACCUGGGGAAACAGUGUUGGUUGCAGAAGAAGAGGCUGCUCGAGUGGCCCUUAGGAAACUUUAUGGAUUCGCAGAGAACAGGCGGCCUUGGAACUAUUCCAAGCCCAGAGAAACGUUGAGAGCACAAAAGACCAUCACUGCCAGCUAGCCAGCCAUGAUGUGGAGCCUGAAAUGUGAGAGCAAAAGACAGAUAAAUGUCAAAGGUGUUUCAAGCUAGAUAUUUUCAAAAUUGCAAAGAAAUAGGUGUUUUUUGUUUUUUACUGUGUUUCUAAAAUUAAAUAAAUGUUAACUAAGUCA